AUGGAGAAGGAUAUAUGCAAGAAAGGAUCAUCAAUCUCGAGAAACUCAUCGACCGGAUACUACUAUCACCAGAGGUCGGAAGGUGUUCCGUUCAAAUGGGAGAUGCAGCCAGGGACUCCCAUUAAUACUCAUCCGGUGGAGAUAGUUCCUCCGAUCAGUCCCCCUCCGGCGAUGCUCAGCCUAGGCUUCCCCAAGCCAUCCAUCUCCGUGGAAGAGCCCAAGCACUCGGUGUUUCCAUCGAAGCUGAAGCUACGGAAUUGGAAACAUAUUCGUUGCAAGAGAUAUUUCUCUAGAUUGACUAACAAAAUGGUUUUGCGUUCGAUUUGUUUGUAUCCAGAGAAACGCUAA